CAACGUCGGCUCACAGAUAAGAUUUCCGCAUUUCUGUCGCGCAUAACAAAUUGCGAGGAAACAAAUAUUGCACGCGAUUAAGUAAUUUCGUUGCGCAAUUAAGUUUAAUUAUUAAACAGCUCGGAUUAACUGAACUAAAAUAAUCGCGAUUCGAAAGAUUCGUUAAUACCGGAAGAGGGAAGGUUUUCGUCUCGCGUUGCGCUUGCGGUUUCCGUCGUUUUCUCGAUAAAUAAUAAAGCGAUUAAGUGACGAGGGUAAACAAGGUGAUUAAAGAAAAAUCAAACACGAUAACGGGACGAAAAUAUUGGGCGAGCGUAAAAAUAACCGGUGAAUGUUUAACGAGUGAGAGAUGGAAUCAAGAAUCACGAUUUGGGAAAGGGGCACGUGUGUGAUUUAAUUAUGCUCGUGUUAAUUGAGCUCGUCGAUACUGAUUAAAAAUUUGAGUAAUAUAAAAUUGACGUCGUUUGAACGAUGUUUUCGUUUAAGUUUUCAGAUAAUCACGCGGAUUUUUUCAUGAGAUAUCGAUGAACGUGUGUUUAAUAAUUAUUAAUUAACGUGACUGGUAUAUGCAAGAAUAGUUUCUUUUCGACGGAAGAGAAAGAAAUAUAAGUAGUUUUUAAGAGAGGCUUUUGCGACCAUUUCGACAACAGAUCGGUCGAACAAGAAGAAAUAACAAAUCGUAACAGAGUCAAGAGAGUGUGCUUUCGACAUGUUUUGGAUGAAGAAAGUAUAAUGAAAUUCUCGUGCUUUCCGACGCCAAGUAUCCUGGGACAGAGGGGUAGUAUCAAUCUGAUUUCUCUGUCCAGGAAUGACGAAUCAAACGUGAUCAGUAACGGAAAUGUGAAAAGUCCAGUGGUAACAAGUUAUAGGCAAUCAGGUGAACCAGAUCUGAGUCAUGGUGUGAUACGUUCCUUACCUGGUGUUACAAUAUUUAAUGGAACUGGACCUCCUGUACAUACCAAAGGCAAGGCACCAUCACCACCACGACAGAAUCAUAGUCUCCUUUCCAUAAAGCAAGAACAGGAAAAUGCCAGAAUUUCGGAUGUUCAACCUGCAAAUCCCAGAGGAGGUAUUAUCGGCAGAACUCCGACGCCACCCUCUGCACCGAGUCCUGUUUAUGAAAAAGAUGAAAAGAGUAGACAACAAAUUACAAAAGCUAUUUUGGAGAAUGAAUUCCUUGGUAAUCUUGAAGAAAACCAGGUGGAAGCGUUAGUUUCCGCUAUGUAUUCGAAACAAAUACCACCAAAUACUUUAGUGAUUCAAGAAGGAGAUAUUGGAUCGCAUCUUUACGUCUCAGCGGAAGGAGAAUUUGAUAUCUAUGAGGGCAACAAGUUCCAAAGAACUUUUGGACCUGGUGUCGCAUUUGGAGAGAUUGCCUUAUUGUAUAACACUAUGAGACUUCGAUCCAUCAAGGUAAAGAAGGGUGGAAAAGUAUGGGUACUCGAUCGAUCCGUGUUCCUCACGGUAAUGAUGAAAUCAGCCCAGGAAAGGUUGGAAGGAAACAUUCGAUUUCUUCAACGAGUUUCCGUUCUCCAAAAAUUACCCGAGCCUAAAGAUCACGUCUUGGCUAAAAUUUCUGAUCUCAUUCGUGUGGAAUUCUUCCCUGCUGACACAAAAAUAGUUCGGCAAGGAGAAAAGGGUGAAAAGUUUUAUAUAAUCAGCGGUGGAAACGUCAGAAUAACAAAAGAUACCGAAAAUGGUAUAGAAGAAGAGUUGGUGGUUCUUGGAAAGGGUCAAUACUUCGGAGAAUUAGCUAUUUACGAUGAUGCUGGUGAAAAUCGACGACAUGCCAAUGCGAUUGCAUUGGCUCCUGGUGUUGAAUGUUUAACAUUGGACCGAAAUUCCUUCCUGAAUUAUUUGGGUGGUCUCGACGAAAUACGUAAUAAGGACUGGUUAGCAGAAUAUGAGAAGCAGAAACGAUCAUUGACGUUUAAAAAAUGGUCUCACGAAUACUCAAACAUCACUUUAGCCGAUUUAGAAACUAAAGGUACCUUGGGAGUCGGUGGAUUUGGUCGAGUCGAUUUAGUCACUUUAAAAUCUGAUUCUGAAAAGAGUUUCGCGCUGAAGAAACUAAAGAAAAAAGUGAUGGUCGAACAGCAACAGCAGGAACAUGUUUUGAAUGAGAAACAUAUUAUGCAGGCCUGUGAUUCUCCGUUCAUAUGCAAACUCUAUCAGACAUAUAAGGACACCAAAUACGUAUACUUCCUGAUGGAAGUUUGUCUAGGUGGAGACGUAUGGACAACUCUCCAAAGAAGACGAUUCUUUGACGAUGCGACUGCACAAUUCAUGGUGGGAUGCGUAGUGGAAGCUCUCGAUCAUCUUCAUUCGAUGAACAUUGUUUAUCGAGAUUUAAAACCGGAGAAUCUUAUGCUUGAUAUUCGUGGAUAUUUGAAAUUGGUUGAUUUUGGAUUCAGUAAAAAGAUUGGACCAUCCAAAACAUGGACAUUUGCUGGUACACCUGAAUAUGUAGCGCCAGAGAUUAUUUUGAACAGAGGCCACGAUAGAGCGGUGGAUUAUUGGGCUCUGGGAAUUCUAAUUCACGAAUUAUUGAUCGGUAAGCCACCCUUCCGAGGUUCUGAUCACAUGACCAUUUACAACAAAAUUGUAAAAGGUAUCGAAGUAGUUGGAAUACCAAAUACCAUUAAUAAAAAUGCAAACAAUUUAAUCAAGAAACUUCUUCGUCUAAAUCCUUCUGAACGUCUUGGAUACCAAAGAAAUGGUAUCCAAGACAUUCGAGAUCACAAAUGGUUCCAUGGAUUUAAUUGGAAUGCUUUGCAAAAAUUGACUUUACCGGCGCCAAUCGUUCCAACGGUGCGAAGUCGAAUUGACACGAGAAAUUUCGAGAGAUAUCCUCCAGAUCGUAAUAUUCCACCAGAUGAGUUCUCCGGAUGGGACGAGAAUUUCUAAAAGAAAAAGAAUUUAUGCAAUAAUCAGUUGAAUACAAUCUGUUAAUUGAACGAAUAAUAAGAAUAGCAAAAUUGCAAAAAAAAAAAAAAUACAUGAAACUUAUUUUGAAAUUUAAAAAAUUAUAUCAUGUAUCUAAUCAAGAUCUAUUAGAUACAUGUAUAAAUUAAUAAUUUCCUAUUUAUAUCUAUUAAUCUAUUCGAAAUAUAAUAUAUAUAUGUUUUAAUUACUUUAAUUUUUUAAAAUAUAAUUAAUUACCGUAUAGUAUGAAUAUUCAAGGCUUGUAAGAGUAUUAAAAAAUGAACAAAAUGAUACUCUGAUUGACAAUAAUAUAAUCAUGAUAAUUUUAAUGUUAUUAAUUAAUAAUAAAUUUAUACAUAAA